ACCGUGUAAUUUCCUCAUUUGCCUUUCAGUUUUUCCCUUUUUCCCUGUAGUACAGUAUUUUCCGAACAGUUGAGAAGUAGUAGCAAAACGAUAGAAUAUGGCGGCGACCUUCUCCGCCGCCGCCGCCGCCGCCGCAAGCCCCACCUACCUCCACCGCCCCCGAACCCUAGCCCCACCCGCCUCAACCCCUGCUCGCCUGAGCCCCAGCAGCAGCAGCAGGAGGCCGGCGACCCCCUCGCUGCUCUCCCUCCGGCGCACCCAUGCCGCGCCGCCGCCGCUCCGUGCCGCCGCCGCUGACCCCAAGGUUGUUAAUGGGGAAGAUUUCCCCCCUAUGAAGGACCUACUUCGUCUAUACAAGAAAGCUUUUCUAGAUGGAAAUGAUGAGGCUCUUGGUGGAAUUGAGAGUGCUAUCAUUGCCAUUGAGAAAGAAAGGAGUAACUCAGCUGCUCAGUAUGAAAGUAUUGCAACCGAAAUUACUUCAGGGAAGGACAAGUUCCUCCGUAUAAAUGCUGAUCUGGAGAAUUUCCGGAAGCAGACUGAAAAGGAGCGUGCUAGGUUUACCUCAAAUAUACAGGUGGAUGUUGUUCAGAGUCUAUUGACUCUGGUUGAUAGUUUUGAGAAGGUGAAUCAAGAGAUCACCCCGGAGACUGAUAAAGAGCAGACGAUUAGCACAAGCUAUCAAGGCAUAUACAAGCAGUUAGUAGAGACAUUGAGAAGCUUAGGUGUAGGAGUUGUGGAAACAGUUGGCAAGCCAUUUGAUCCUUCGAUUCAUGAGGCUAUCGCACGCGAGGAAUCUCAUCAGUUCAAGGCUGGGAUUGUCUCGCAUGAAGUCAAACGCGGGUUCCUUCUAAGGGAGAGGCUGCUAAGGCCUGCCACUGUGAAGGUCUCAACCGGCUCUGGCACCCAGGAGACGAGCUCCCCAUCUACAGAGAAGCCUGUGGAGGAUAGCAAAGAAGAUGCCGCUGUCUGAAUCUGCUGGAAACUGGAAUCCUGGAAAUCCAACCGACAAAAUCAGGAAAUCAGUAGCAAGUUAUAGCUAGAGCACCAUUCUUUGGGAGCUCAUUUUUUUUACUGUCCAUACCAUGCGAAGGUUUUGUGUUCCAAAUGGGUGUCUUUAUGUGUACAUUUUCAUAGCGAUUUCAAGCUACUAUUUUUAAAUGAAUUUCUUUUCCCCUGUGCAAUCAAUGUGAUUUUAUUUCUCCCA